AUGGCAACAUCUCAAAACGAGCAAUGGUUUCUCAAAUCGAAAAAGCCAGUGUCCCUGCCUAAACAUCAAGCGCUCGACUUGUCCGACAAGGACUUUGAUGUCUUUGUCAAAAGCACUGUCGUCAUCGGUGAAACUUCCAACAAUGGUGCAGUUGACGUCGAGUCUUGCGCAAAUAAGGACGAUGUAAUGACCCAAACCACAGAGGCAAGCGUCAGUGACAUUCUGACGCCACCCUCGACCACCGAAGAUGUUCGUGAGGUCUUGAGCGGCAUUGACCUCAACAUUCAUCACGAUGGCAAAGAUCAAGCUGAGGAUGGACCGGUGGUCGAUAUGGAAAACAAGAUGUUCACAGAGAAUUCAGACGUGGCAUAUAGAUCUACCAAAAACGCUCUGGUUGAUCUCUUCGCCGAGUUGGAAGAUGUUGUUUCAGGACCGCGUCUAAUUGAGCUGCUCAACCUUGCCUGGGACUGCGACCCUGAUGCCACUCUCAAGAUCAUCUUCAAUGCUCGGUCCAUCCACUUGGGUAAAAGCUCCCGCCACACAUUUUACAGGUGCGCGGGAUGGCUGUUCCAGAAACACCCAGCUACCCUAAUCACCAACCUGCGCUGGCUGAGCCGACCAGUCAUUCAGAAGAAGGUAGAGGAGAAAGAGGGCGAGGAUUCCGACAAAGCAGUCUUUGUGGAAGUCGCCGAGGUUGACGAGAACGACCCUGCGCACUACGACGUCAGGAAUGGGGUGUCGCAUGGCUACUGGAAGGACUUGGUCAAUAUUCUUGCCCUCGCGGUCAACGGCAAGCUUGACCCUCUGGCAGAUCCAAAGGAUGUUCUCAACGUGCACCAAGGCAAAGAUGAUUGGAUCAGCAGACUCACCCAGAAAGAAGCCAAGGAGAAGCGACGUGCAACUUCGGACUCUCGACACAAGAUGGCCGUCGAAAAGUUCGAGAAUGACCCAAACUAUCGAGCUCUACACUUGACUGUUGCCAGGCUAUUUGCUGAGCAGCUCAAGAUUGACCUUGGGCGCCUUCGAGAUGACAAGCCACAGGCUAAGCGAAACAUCUCGCUUUGUGCCAAGUGGGCACCCACUGCUGCACAGUUUCAUGACAAGCACACAUACAUCACCUCGACGAUUGCUGAGACUCUCGACCAUUCAUCAGCUGCAGAUCAAGCCACCAAGGAUCGCGAACGUUUUAUUCGCCACGUCCGUGAGUGUUACCGGAAGGAUGUUUCUGCCCUUCGCAAAGAGCUGGAAGUGGUUGAGCGGGACAUGUCGGCAAACACGUUUGAGAACAUCCACUACAGUCGUGUGCCCUCCAUUGCCAUGAAAAACUAUACCCCAAUCUUUGUCAAGAAGGACGAGAAGCGCUUCGAUGAGUACAUUACCAAGGUGGCAGAAGGGUCAGCCAACAUCUCCGGCGCCGUCUUGUCCCCCAGUGUACUAGUCAAGAGCGUCCAGCGUGGAUUUAGCUUGACUGCCGGCCGUGGAGGGAAGAACGAUCUGGUGGAGGAGAAGAUUGCAGAGAUGCAGGUGAAAGUGGCAGAUGGUCAGUGGAAGACGCUCGUGCAGAGGAUCCGGGACAGCGGCACGCUCGAAAACAGUAUCGCCGUCUGCGACGUCAGCGGAAGCAUGUCGCAUCCUACAUUCAAGGACAAGACUUGCCCUAUGGACUCGGCCAUUGGUUUAUCGCUGCUCGUUGCUGAAGUGUGCAAACCUCCAUUCGGCGGCACUUUCAUAACAUUCAGCACAGACCCAUCUAUUCAGUCUGUAGAUCUUAAGGCCUCGCUUUCUCAAAAGGUUGCGGCCAUGAAGCGAGCCGACUGGGGCAUGAGCACCGACUUUGCCGCCGUGUUUGAGAAGCUUGUCCUGCCCAUGGCGUUGAAGCACAGGAUAAAGCCAGAAGACAUGGUGAAGAGGGUGUUUGUUUUUUCGGACAUGCAUUUUGACCAGGCUGAAUGGACGAAAUGCGAAUACAAUGACGACGGGACGUUAAAGGAGGAUGACACCAAGGCCACUGCGUGGUCCACAAGCUACGAGCGGAUUCAAAACGCCUAUCGCGCCGCCGGCUACGAGAUGCCCGAGCUUGUGUUUUGGAAUCUAGCGGGCGGCAGGGCGGGGCUAACGGGCCACGGCGACCCGACAGCACCCAAACCGGUUACCGCGGCCAUGGAGGGCACGGCGUUGGUCAGCGGCUACAGCCAGGGGAUGCUCAAGGUGUUUCUGGAUGGUGGUGGUUUCGAGGAUCCUGAAGAUGAGGACGAGGAUCUGAUGGAGGUCGUGAAGGGCGAGGAUGGAGAGGAGGUAGACGUACAAGAGAACAAGAGGCGCAGGAAGGAUCCGUUUGACACUGUACGUAAGGCCAUCAGCCACCAAGCGUAUUCGAUGUUGAAAGUUGUGGAUUAA